AUGGCUUCUUAAAGUUUGCAAUAAGAAUAGUCCUACCUUGCUGAUAUCUAAGACAGUUAAUACUACAUUGACAAAUAUACCUAAAUGCUAGCAGUUAUAGCCUAAAUUUCAGAUAUCCUUAGGCCAGUUAAAUCAUAAAGAGUAAUGAUACCUGCGCUUUGUGAUGUAUUAUGGUUAUACGCUAAUACUCAUACUUAUUUCACACCAAAUGAAAACUACAAGAAAUGCAAGGGAGAAGAGUAAAAGAUCAGAAAAUGUGAUGUGAGAAUUGAAAAUCAAUCUCAAGCAUCCUUGAAUCCAGUAGAGCAAGAGAAAACUGUUUAUAAAGGAAAUAAAGAAUAUGAUCCAGGUUAUAUUUGGGGAUAACUAGUCGGCUGGUUCAAGUAGACAGUUGAUAAGCCAAAUGCUUCACUUAGUGCAGACAGAAGAGGCACUCUAUCAAUGCCGGAUUUGGAAUCAUUUAUCGUGAAUGUAAAAAAUUAGGAGAAUUUGAAGAGUGGUAUUCAAAGGAAAAAGAAAAAGAAGGGCUAAAGUGAUGAGGAGAUGGAGGAGGAUUCCUCUUUGAUAAAGAAGUAGGGGACUAAGAGCAGACCAACACAAUCAGCAAGAGUUAGCUCAAUGAGUGGUGGAUCUGGAAACUACGCUGAGAAUGAUAGUGAAUGCUUUAAUUAACCUUUAACAGGGAAAUUCAAAGAGCCCAAGAUAAUUUAUCCUCACAAAAAACAUCAAUGGGAUGUUGUCUGCCACUGGAGUUUCAAAAACAAGCAGAGAAUGUACGGAAGUGUAUAAUUUGAAAGUGUUAUGUAAGCUGAUACUGAUCGUCAAAGAAGACUAUACUAUUUCAACAUGGCCCUAAAUCAUAUUAAAAAUAUCUGA